GCCCCAGACUAGCGUGAGGGCCACGGGCGCCGCUGCCUCCGGCUGCUGGGUCUGAGGCCCUCGGGGCAGGAGCGCCCUCGGCGUCUGCCCGGCCCGCGUAAACCGCAGAAGCGCUCGCCGUUCGGAAUCAUUCGUUCGUCAGGGAACGGGAAGUGAGGCAGACUGCCUUGCAGAGUCGGCAUUUGGCCGGAGCAGGCACAGAACGCGGUCGCAGCCUCCUGGGCCUGCCCUCUCCCCGGGGGCCUGGCCCGCAGGCCGAGGAGUCCGGUCCGGGAUGCGGCCGGGGCCCAGCCGGGACCUCGCUGGCCCCGGCCCCGUGGGGAGGCGCGGGGCUCGGGCCCUCGGGCCUGCCCCUCUCGGCGCCCUCCCUUCCCCGCGGGGCCAGCUCCGCCGAGCGCGCCCGCCGAGGGUGGGCAGGGGACCCGGGCCGCGCCGAGGGCCGACUUGCCUCCAAAAUGAUGCUGAGUCCGGACCAAGCCGCCGACUCGGACCACCCCAGUUCGGCGCACUCGGACCCGGAGUCGUUGGGCGGCGCGGACGCCAAGGUGCUGGGCAGCGUGUCGGACCUGGAGCCGGUGGAGGAGGCCGAGGGCGACGGCAAGGGCGGCAGCCGGGCCGCGCUCUACCCGCACCCGCAGCAGCUGAGCCGCGAGGAGAAGCGCCGCCGCCGGCGCGCCACGGCCAAGUACCGCUCGGCUCACGCCACCCGCGAGCGCAUCCGCGUGGAGGCCUUCAACCUGGCCUUCGCCGAGCUCCGCAAACUGCUGCCCACGCUGCCCCCGGACAAGAAGCUCUCCAAGAUCGAGAUCCUGCGUCUGGCCAUCUGCUACAUCUCCUAUCUCAACCACGUCCUGGACGUGUAGGGCCUGGGGCGCGGCGGGAGGCCGCCGGUCCGGAAGCCGGGGCAGCGCCACCGACCCGGGCGGCCGCCGUGGGGCCGGCGGACGAGGCGGUGGCCCAGCGGGACGGCCGCCGGGAGAGGCCUGGACGCGGGAGGAAGCUCGUCACGCGUUUGCGUUCUCUCCGGGCAGCAAGGAGACGAGGGGUUUCCAACUCGGGAAGGUGGGGUUGUCUGGCGAGCCUGGGGUUUGCAGGGGGCAUUUUCCAGGCCAGGCGUGCCUCCUGGAGGCACCCGAGACGCACCGCCUCCAGGCCUCCCCUCCGUGUGUUAGGAUCCCUCUAAGGGUAGUUGCUUUAGCUCACUGGAGACUUUGAGUUCUCCUACAUUUAUCUCCCACAGAUGUUCAUGUUUUGAAAGAAUGAGGGCAGAAGCUCAGAGUAAAGACUCCUAACUUUAGACUAUCUGGGAUUUUUCUAAUUGACAAGUCACCUAACAUUUGGAGGGUUUGGGAAAGACUCUCCUCCAAUGUCGAGAUUUAAGGCACAGAAAGGUGGAACAGGAAAGUUUCCGUUCUGCUGUGGAAAGGAAGAUUAUAUUAGAAUCCAAAUAAAACAGACAAACCCUCAAUAUUGGUAAGCUCAAAAGAUACACUGAGAAUAGACACACUGUGGGAAGGUUUGAGCUGGGUGAGAUUUUAACCCCAAGGUAUGACACUGAUGUAGACCAGAGAAUCCAUAAUUAAAUGGAAAUUUUAAUAUCUGAUUGCUUUUUCAGGCGAAGUGCCCCCUUUAUAUAUCCAAAAAACAUCUAUUUGUGACCUUAAACAUGUGGACCCAUAGGUGCAGUUAGAAAAAAAACAACCUAUUUUUAUUUAUGUUAGAAGGAGUAGAGUAUUUUUUUCAAGACAUUUAUUUUUCAGAGUGGUGACAGUUUUACUUUGGAUACUCUGUGCCAAUUUAUUUAUAGUCAAGUGUUUACACUUUUUCCUGUGGAAUAAUUAUGUCUAACUUUUUACGUGUUUGUUGAGAUUAUACUGUGGUCUUUCUUUUUGCUCUAAUUACAUUGCACUUGUAUAACAAAUUUCCCACUUCUCCCUGUUUCUAAACAUAUUUUAUAUAUUAAGAUGUUUGUUCUUGAAAGGUUCUUUUGUUGUGAGAUCAGCAACACUAGCACUUCACUAUUAUAGUUUUUUAAAAAAAGUAAGUGUUGUUAUUCUUAUCUGUAGUUAUGUCUGAAAAGUACUUUACAAACUGUUUAUAAGGAGAGUAGCUUCUUUGUGUGUGUGUGUGUGCUGUUUGUGCGUGGGAUGAUUUUAGGAAAUUAAGUUAUUUUCCUAAAAAAAAAAUUCAAAACUACUUUCCUCUGUGACAACCAAAAAGAAAAGUCUAUAACCUGAAAAUGUUUCAUGUUCUCAGCUGUGAAACUCUUAAAACAAGGAGUGUAUUUUAGAGACAAGGGAAAAAAAAAAAAAAAAACCGCAUCUGCUAUCCAAAGAUUUUAGUCUUUUUCAGGGUUUUUUUGUGUCUCUGUUGCUUUAUAUAAUGCAAUAUUUUGUAGUGAAAAUAGAUAUAAUCUGGUUUCUAUCUGACAAGUUUUUCAUAUCUCAUGAAUGGUGCGCUGUUUUGCAUAUAA